AUGCUUGAAAAUGAUGAGGGUACCGAAAAUGCUGCUAUCGAAGACCUGCUUCGCCGUUUGUACACUGCCAAACAGCCAUUGAUCAUCGUGGACGGGUUCGCGCCUAGAUAUGGCAUCAGGGAGGAAGCGGACGAACUAGCCCGCCUAAUCAGGUUCCCAACCUCAACGACCCCCUUUGGAAAAGGAAUCGUGAACGAAACGUACCCCAACUUCCACGGCGUAUACGCAAGCGCCGCAGGCAAACAAGUAUACAUGCCAUGGGUAAACUCAUGCGAUCUAAUCGUGCGAAUCGCGCCCCUCAACGCCGACACAAACACCUACGGCUACAAAACCCUAACCAACCGCAACGUCACCAUCGAUAUCGGCCAGAAUUCAGUUGAAAUCUGCGGCGCCUACCGCGAUCUCAACAACAAGAGUGUUUCUCCGCAAGUUACUGUCCCGUCUGGAUACCUCCAGACUACCACGCCUAGACUUAUAGCCGGAUCUAGGAAACAUGCUGCAAAUUCGAGACAAACUGCCCGUCCCAGACAAAUGCUCCCAUCGAUCAGGAUACCUCCUGGCUGCGGGUCUCGCACUUCUUCCGCCCCGGCGACACCGUCAUGA